CUCAGCGCUGUUAUGAUAUCUUCAUUACUGGAUGUUGAGUCUGGAUAUCAGAACCAGUACAGUGAAAUACUCUUCUAUUAAGCUGAGGGACCAGCUUAAAAUCAACAAAGUAACAACAGGCCAAACACAGUCAGGAAAUCCAGGUCCCUUAAAGUGAAGAGCAAAUAACUUGGCAACCUUCUGCCCUUUCCUGAAAUCUAAAUGUGAUGGCUGUGCUGCUCUUCCCUGUGCAGCUGCUGGCAGUGGCUGUCACCAUUUACCUACAGCUGGUGAGGUCUGCUCAAGGUGGUGCCUACUAUGGGAUCAAGCAGCUGCCACCCCAAGUGCCCCAGUACCAACCUCUUGGACAACAAGUACCUCACAUGCCACUGGGCAAAGAAGGAAUUCCAAUGCAGCACAUGGGCAAGGAGAUGCCCCACAUGCAGUAUGGGAAAGAGUACCCCCACCUGCCUCAGUACAUGAAGGAGGUCCCACAGAUGCCUCUGCUUGGCAAGGACAUGGCUCCCAAGAAAGAGAAAGAAAUACCCAUGCGCAGUCUGAGGGGCGAGCAAGGUCCCCCUGGUGAGCCUGGACCACGAGGGCCACCAGGGCCACCAGGAUUGCCAGGUCACGGCGUGCCAGGAGCCAAAGGCAAACCAGGGCCACAAGGAUAUCCAGGAAUUGGGAAGCCGGGUUUGCCUGGGAUGCCAGGGAAACCCGGGGUCAUGGGGCCCCCGGGGCCGAGAGGGGAGAUGGGGCCCAAGGGGGAGGUUGGGCCCAUGGGAAUCCCUGGGCCACAAGGACCACCAGGGCCUCACGGGCUUCCUGGCAUAGGGAAAGCAGGCGCCCCGGGGCUGCAAGGACAACCGGGGCCAAAGGGCGAGCCUGGCAUGAAGGGGCCCCCAGGAGCCCCUGGGAUCCCAGGGCCAAAAGGGGAGAAGGGCGUUGGGAUCCCAGGCUUACCAGGGCUGAAGGGUCCCCCUGGGCUGCCUGGCCCCCCUGGUCCCAUAGGGCUGCCAGGGGUUGGCAAGCCAGGCAUGGUUGGCUUCCCUGGCCCACAGGGACCUCCGGGCAAACCUGGACCCCCAGGAGAGCUGGGGCUGCAGGGGCCUCCAGGGGCUCCUGGGAUCCAAGGCCCUCCUGGCCUGCCCGGAGUGGGCAAACCUGGCCAGGAUGGGGUCCCUGGCCAGCCGGGCUUCCCAGGGGGGAAAGGGGAGCAAGGCCUGCCAGGCCCACCUGGGCCCCCCGGCAUGCCUGGGGUUGGGAAGCCAGGCUUCCCUGGGCCCAAAGGCGACCGUGGCAUGGGUGGCUUGCCAGGGCCCUUGGGACCAAAGGGGGAGAAGGGGCAUGCGGGACCACCUGGCAUGGGGGGUCCGCCGGGGGAACCAGGCCAGCCAGGGCUGCCGGGCCUCAUGGGCCCCCCAGGCGCUGCCGGCUUCCCAGGACCCAAAGGGGAGGGUGGUGCUGUGGGGCCCCCAGGACCCGUGGGCCCCAAGGGUGAACCCGGGCUGCAAGGGUUCCCGGGGAAGCCAGGCUUCCCUGGGGAAGUGGGGGCCCCUGGGCUGCGGGGUCUGCCAGGCCCCACGGGGCCCAAAGGGGAAGCUGGCCACAAAGGCUUACCCGGGCUGCCAGGCGUCCCAGGGCUCAUGGGGCCCAAAGGUGAGCCAGGGCUCCCUGGUGCCCAGGGCCUUCAGGGCCCCUCAGGCAUCCCCGGCAUCGCAGGGCCCAGCGGUCCCAUUGGGCCCCCGGGGCUGCCAGGGGCAAAGGGAGAGCCUGGCCUGCCCGGGCCCCCCGGCUUCCCUGGCGUGGGCAAGCCUGGCGCUGCGGGGCUGCAGGGCCCCCCAGGGAAGCCCGGGGCACUCGGUCCUCCUGGCCAGCCAGGCCUCCAGGGGCCACCCGGACCCCCCGGGCCCCCGGGGCCCCCAGUCAUCAUCCCGCCCACUCCCCCAGCCGUGGGACAGUACCUGCCCGAGGCGGGGCCGGGCAUAGACGGCCUCAAGCCCCCCUACGGCUACAAGGGCAAGAAGAGCAAAGCUGCCGGCGUCGUCUACGAGAUGCCCGCGUUCACAGCGGAGCUCCUCACUCCCUUUCCCCGCGUUGGGGUGCCGGUGAAGUUUGACAAGCUCCUCUACAACGGCCGGCAGAACUACAACCCCCAGACAGGGAUCUUCACCUGCGAGAUCCCCGGCAUCUACUACUUCGCCUACCACGUCCACUGUAAAGGGGCCAGCGUCUGGGUGGCGUUGUUCAAGAACAACGAGCCCCUGAUGUACACCUACGACGAGUACAAGAAGGGCUUCCUUGACCAGGCGUCAGGCAGCGCUGUCGUCCCGCUAAUGCACGGAGACAAGGUUUACGUUCAGAUGCCAUCCGAGCAGGCGGCAGGACUCUAUGCCGGGCAGUACGUUCACUCGUCUUUUUCAGGAUAUUUAUUGUAUCCCAUGUAAAACAAAACCCCGACACGCACACACACACACACACACUCAACACUUUCCUUCUCUGCUUUCAAACUUCUGUACCGUGAAAGAUGCAUUUUAUGACCGGUUUGGAUCAUCCUUGUACAAAACCCACACAAGGGCAAGGUUUAACAUUAUGCACAGCUACUUACGAAGGAAACAGAAAAAGGUCAAUACAUAAACGGUGUGGUAAACAUCUCUGGAGGUGUUUAUCACGUUCACAAACAGUUGUUUUGCACCCAAGGGGGUGGGGGGGGGGGUGGGGGCACUUUAGCUGUAAUUAUGUAUUUCUGUGAUGCCAUGCUUACUUAAUUUCCUUCACGAUAAUUCAGCGCUAAGGUUCGAAUCAGUGUACGCCAUUCACUUGUGCUGCGUAUUUGACUGUUGCAUUAACCAUAGUUAUGAAAUGAAAAGCAGUGACUGAAACCCAAGCAGGUCUGUCUCAAAUUCUAUGGAAAGUUUUGAGUGGCUCUUCUUGUUGUUUUUGGUUGGUGUGUUGUUUUUUUUUUUGACAAAAGCAAAAGUCCUCUUAGUUGGAAGCCUUUAUUUCCUUUCCCUCCAUAUGAAAUAUUCCUUCAGGGUUUCUUGUUUGGGUUUGUUUUGUUUCCCUGUACAAUUUAUUUAUAAUGAAAAGGAAUACUGAUGGUGUAGCUGUUCCCCACAAGGCUUUGGACCCAGAACACCACCACUGACUCCAAGGGGUGCUGGGAUCCCUUCCAAAUGCCACAGCACUCAAAAAGCCUCUAUUUGCAUUUGCACAGCUAAAGUUAGAUGAGGUAGAGAGAAAAAUGAAGGGUUCCCCAUUUGCUUUGUGCCCCCUGAUUAUUUUGGCCAAUGCAUGGCAAUACUGCAGGGCGGUAUAAACUCACUGGGAUGUCUGUGCUUGUGCUAAGGACCAGCACCUGUUUGCUUGUCAGGAGAGACACCUGUUCUGCCACUCAGUGAAAAUGAAAUCAGUUUCCUCUACAAUGACUAGGCAAACCAGAAGUAGCAAUGUUUGCUAAUUAACUCAUUUGUUGCCUGAGAUCGACUGGCAACUUUCCCAGCAAUACAAAUCACACGAACUUCCCAAGAACUUCAUUUCACAUAAAAGCUGAUUUCCAGCCUUAUUUAUGUACGUUACCAAUGGUCAAGGAGAACCUGCAGGCCUCCAUCUUUUCUGUACAUGAGGAAAGCAACUUCCCUGCAAGAGCUGUGGGCUCAUCAAUGGUGCUAAUCUCACCUCCUACUCCUUUCCAAAGGGCAGUGUACUUUGCUGUGGUUCCCUGUACAGUGCUGCACAUCACACACUGUUAAUGCUAGUUGAAAGAGUUAAAUACUCAUCACUUCUUCAAUGUCUUUAGCUAACGCUACUGCUUUUGAUUCAAAAAAUGAACUAGAUUUUUCAUGCAGAACUAAGAUUGGAUUUAACUGGCAUUACCAUUAUUUAAAUGCAGAGUUUAAUGCAGUCUAACAUUGACUUAAGGACUCCAGUGAUAUAAUGUGGUGCUUUAUCUCAGAAAUUUUAUGGAAUGGUGGCAGGAACGGACAGACAGUUCACCAGGCACUGGUGACUUCGCUGUGUUCCCAAAAUAUAUGAGAUAUGUCAAAAGCAAAUAAUUUUGUAUUUAAAAUUUUUGUACUGAUUUGAAAAAGAAUUAUCUUAUUAAAUAUCUUUUAAAAAAAA